AUGUUUAGUAGAAAUCCAAAUAAUACAAAUACAUUGUUUGGUAAUGUAAAUACCGCUACUCCGACUUCCACUCCUACUCCUGCAGCAAAUAAUUUUCAAUUGCCUUCAAAGCCAAAUACUUUGUUUGGAAAUGUAACUAAUAAUAAUACCAAUAUUGGAGCUUCUACCCCAAGUCCAUCUUCCACUAAUACUGGCGGUCUCUUUGGUAACACAAAUACAGCAACCGGUACAGGUGGCGGUUUAUUCGGAGGCUCUUCUACUAAUUCUGCACAAAUUCCAACUGCCCCACCUGCUAAUACUACUGGUGGUUUGUUUGGAAGCAAACCAACUCAACCUGCUACAACUGGUAAUUUGUUCGGCUCUACAAAUAAUUCCACAACUACAUCCGGCAGUUUAUUUGGUAACAACUCUACAACAAAUGCCCCUAAAACGGGUUUGUUUGGUUCUAAUAAUGCUGCAAGCACAGCCCCUGCACCUUCUGUCUCUCUCUUUGGAAACAGUGCUACACAACAACAACAGCCACAAUCCUCUGGACUAUUUGGAAAUAAGUCAACACUAUCAACAUCCACAUCAGGUGGUUUGUUUGGCAACAAUAUCCCAACUACUACAAAUACAUCAUCAUAUCCAUAUGGAUUAAAUAUUGGUGCAACUCCAUCAUCACUUACUACAAUGCCUGAAUCAAUUACUGCUAGUUUAGGUAAGAAUAAAAAAAUUACAGAGUCUUUACAACCUUCAAAUUCAACCACAUCAGCUCCAAAAUUAGACAGUAGGAGAAGUUCAUCUGUGGUUCCUACAGCUAAUAUCCGCCCAACUUCUAACUCUUCCUUGAUUAAUAAAUUAAAUUCAAGAUUAAAUCUGUUUCAAAAAGGGUCAUCCACUCAAGGCAUAUUUUCCCGUUCUAAAAGAAAUGAAUGGUCCAAUACUUCACAAAAUAACAUUGCCAGGGAUAUACUAGGUUCUAACAAUUUAUCAGAAUCAAAUAGUAAAAAUGGUGUAGUUUGUUUACCUAACAAUGACGUAAGUGACAUGCGUAAGUUGAAAAUUGAGCCAAACAGAAGUGCCGCCAAAAAGUUGAAGCUAUUUUCAGGAGAAGCAAAGAUUACAAAAGAAAAUAACAAUGAAAAUAACUCUAUUGAUUCAUCGGAAACUUUAAACAAUGAUACCGUUAUAGAACCAACUUUGAACAAUAAAACGGACUCGAUUCAACCCAAGCUUGUACCAACUUUGAUUACUAGUCAAGGUGAUGAAGGAAAAACUUCUUCAACCGAAUCCGAAUAUUGGUGUUCGCCUUCUAUUGAGCAACUAUCAAAUAUGACUAUUCAACAAUUAUCCGAGGUCUCGCACUUCGUUAUAGGUAGAAAAAAUUAUGGCUGUAUUACAUUUAAUUUUCCAGUUGACUUAACGGCAUUUGCCUCUGACCUUAAAGGUUUUCUAUUUGGAAAUAUUGUUAAUUUUUAUAGUACAAGGACUGUGGAAGUAUACCCUGAUGAGGAGUCUAAACCACAAAUUGGUUACGGUAUUAAUGUUCCUGCAACUAUCACUAUUGAGGAUGUUUAUCCAACAGAUAGAAAUACCGGGCUUCCAAUUAAAGAUGUCUCACGAAUUGAUGAGCUCCAAUUAUUUGUAGAUCGUUUGAGGAACCAGCGAGACAUGGAAUUUAUUUCCUACAAUCCACAUUCUGGUUCUUGGACUUUCAAGGUUAAACACUUUAGUAUUUGGGGUUUAAUAGAAGAUGACGAAGAAAAUAAUAAACAAUUGUCAAAUGAAGAAAAGAAGAAAAGUACAUCUACGGAUGAAAACUCCUUUAAUAAAAGUGCCCUUGUUAUUGCUAAUAAUGUUUCCAAUUUCACAGCAAAAAAGCUUGCAAUUUCAAAAGUCAUUGGCUCCGAAAUAGGAAAUGAUUUGAUAGAAUCUAAGCAAUCCUUUAUUGAAAGUGCAGAAAUGUCAAGCGAUAGACAAGAUUAUGAUUAUUCUAACUAUGUGGUAGGUGAAGAUUCAGUUGACAUUCAAAUGAACAACGAUGAUUUAAUCGUUGAGGAAAAACAAUACGAGCCUGAUGUCGAAGAAAAAGAUUUUGAAGGUUUAGAAGAAAAUCCUAAUUUGGAUAUCUCAAACCGUUGGGUAGAUCAAUUGAAAAUAGCGGGUUCUUCACUCCGUUCCGUCUUUAGAUCUUUGAAGGAUCCAUCUUUAAAUAAUGCAUCACACGAUUUAACCCUAUUAUUUGAUGAAUUUAAUGAUGGUAUGGAACUAGAGAAAAGAGUGAAAUCUGAACGUAGAAUUACUUCCUAUAAGAUGGUUAGAUUCUGUCAUGACUCCAGAUUGUUGACUAAUGAAUCUAAUACAGUAAAAUUAUUACACACCCCUGUAUGCAGUGCUUUUAACGAAGAUAUUGUUUAUGAACUAUUUGAAAAGCAUCUAAAUUCAGUUCAGAUAUCAAACAGAGAAUCUAAUGCAUAUCCUGUAAUAGAAUCAAGCACAUUCACAUUUAGCGAUAUAGCAUUAAGUUUUCAUGCAAAUAAAAUUGAACAAAAUAUUUGGAAACUUUGUUCUGUAUUGUUUGAUUGUAUUAAUAUAUCUUAUGAUGUUGAAAGUGAAAGUGAAAAAUCGAAAUUGUUAAAAAAUAUUAGAUUCUCCUCUCUGUGUAAAUGGAUUGUUGAACAAACCAGUCAUGAUAUUUUAACAAGAAUUUCCACUACAUCUGACGAUUUGGACAAAAUAUUUUUAUAUCUAGCUUUGAAUGAUAUUGUUAGUGCCACUGAAACUGCAAUAAAAUCAAAUAAUGGACAUUUAGCUGUAUUAAUAACUUAUCUUGGUUCAAAUAACCCACGUAUUAGAGAGUUUGCGUCCUUACAACUUUCUAAAUGGGAUAUGAUUGGCCACACUGUCGACAAAAAGAUUAGGCGUAUAUUUGAACUAUUGAGCGGAUCCUUAUUUAAUAAUAGAGAAUCAAGAGAAGAAAUCUCCAUAGAAUUUGGAUGGUUGACUCAAUUUGGUUUAAACAUUUUUUAUUCCCAAGUAGAUGAGUAUGAAUUGGAAGAGAUUGUCAGAAUCUCUCUUGAGAAAAUAUCUGUAUCAUCAGAUAAAAGUUACUACCUUUUGAAGACUUUUGCUUCCAGAAAUAUAGAGGAUGUUAUCAAAAAUACAAGUGUAACGGAAAACAGUUUAGAUAUGUCAUUUCUAUGGUAUUUUAUUCAAGUUUUGAGACAUUAUAAUUCUUACAGAUUUUCUGAUGGGUUCUGUGAUAAUUUAACUAUUAAUCAUAUAGAGGAAUUGAAAAUAGAUGGUUUAUAUAAAGAAGCACUUUUUGCAACUUCGUUUAUUAUCAAUGAUAAGUCUGCUAAACAAGAAAUGGAUAACAUAGUAAUGCAUGAAAUUUUAGGAUUGAAGAACGAUUUUGAUAAACAUAUUCUAGACAAGUUACAUGUUCCUUCUUCAUUGAUCAAUCAGGCUCUCGCGCUAUACAGCCAUUAUGAACAUGACUAUUUAUCUGAAGUAAGAUAUCUUUUAAAAGCAGACGAUUUCAAAAGUGCGGAGACUGUCCUAACCACAAAUGUCGCUCCUUACUUAAUAUUAAAAGGGGGUUCAGAUCUAAUAGUUCUUCGUCAAUUGUUGAAUUCAUUUGCUAAAGAUAGAAUUGAAAAUUGGAAUAAUGGUCUAGGUGUUUUUGAAUAUUACCUUUCUUUAGUAUUGGAUAAGCAAGAUGAAAAGCCGCUGUUAGAAAAAUUAAUAAGUUCAUUACCUGUGCUAGCUGAGAAUAACAAAUCUACCAAGAUGAUCUAUAUUUGUUGCAAUGAGAUGUCGAGAGUGGCAUUUUCAAUAAUAAUAAAAAAGUUUGGAGAUGAAGUCAAUAAUGCAUUGAAAGUAAAAUUACUCAAGUUACCAGUUGGUCAACCAGAAAAGGCAUAUCUUCAAUCAGUAUUGACAAAGGUGUAA